AUGGCGCCACGAAUAGCAGAUGAGCCUAGCCGCAGUCUCUCUCAUGCCGCUGCUGUGGCAGCCCAAGUCGAAGCCGCUCGCAGCAACACUUCACCACCACCCGCGACACCGCCUCCCAUGAUGAAACCAGAGCGCCAAGAAUCGGCGCUCCGACGCUUAGGGCGACGUUUGCGUCGACGAUCUCUGAGUGCCCCCCCGUCAUUGAGUCGUGGUCGGUCAUCAUUGUUGGAAGAGCAUUUUUGUGUGGAAAAGGAAGAAAACACCAACAAGGUCGUGGCAGUGUUGCCAGGUGUCCCCAAACACCCCGAAAAUUGG